UUUUCUGGGGUUUUCUUCUCUCCUUCUACUGCGUUCGUUUUCGUCUUUUUUUUACAAAAGAAGUUCAGAAUCAGUUUUGGUUCUGUUUUUUAUUUGGUUUUGAUUUGAUAGCAUGGUUAGACCCAAAAAUGAUCAGAUGAAUUUUAUUCGCUGUGUCUAGAUUGAUCGAAUAUAUAUAGAGCAUGUAAUAUUUUUUUUUUAAUGAAAAUUGAUCGAAUAUAAAAAUACUCAAAAAGAAGAUAUUGUUACCAAAAAAGGGUAACAAGAUGGAGAAGAUCUGUGUAGCAGUCAGGGUGAGGCCGCCGACGCCGGAAUCAUCAUCAUCGGAGAACGGAUCUUCUCUCUGGAAAGUCGAAGACAAUCGCAUCUCUCUUCACAAGUCACUCGACACCCCAAUCUCAACCGCUUCUUACGCUUUCGACCAUGUGUUCGACGAAAGGUCUACGAACGCAUGCGUCUACGAACUUCUUACCAAGGAUAUCAUUCAUGCCGCCGUCGAGGGUUUUAACGGUACUGCGUUUGCUUAUGGGCAAACUAGUAGUGGAAAGACGUUUACAAUGACGGGUUCUGAGACUGAUCCAGGGAUUAUUCGAAGAUCUGUCAGAGAUGUGUUUGAUAGAAUACAAAUGAUAUCGGACCGUGAGUUUCUCAUCCGGGUUUCGUACAUGGAGAUUUAUAAUGAAGAAAUUAAUGAUCUUUUAGCUGUUGAGAACCAGAGACUGCAAAUUCAUGAACAUUUGGAGCGUGGAGUGUUUGUUGCUGGUCUUAAGGAAGAGAUUGUUAGUGACGCUGAACAGAUUCUAAAGCUUUUAGACUCUGGAGAAGUUAAUAGGCACUUUGGCGAGACAAACAUGAACGUUCAUAGUAGCAGGUCCCAUACCAUCUUCAGAAUGGUGAUUGAGAGCAGGGGAAAAGAAAACUCUUCUACGGAUGCUAUCCGUGUCUCAGUCUUGAAUUUGGUUGACCUGGCUGGAUCUGAGCGUAUUGCUAAAACCGGUGCUGGUGGAGUGCGCUUGACAGAAGGGAAGUACAUUAAUAAGAGCUUAAUGAUUCUUGGUAAUGUUAUCAAUAAGCUAAGUGAAAGUUCAAAGCUAAGAGCACAUAUUCCUUACCGAGACAGUAAGCUAACUAGAAUUCUUCAGCCUGCACUUGGUGGUAAUGCCAAGACUUGCAUUAUAUGCACUAUCGCACCAGAAGAGCAUCAUAUUGAGGAAUCAAAAGGAACUCUCCAAUUUGCAAGCAGAGCCAAACGCAUCACCAACUGUGCUCAAAUCAAUGAGAUCUUGACUGAUGCUGCUUUGUUGAAACGCCAAAAAUUAGAGAUAGAAGAACUAAGGAUGAAGCUUCAGGGAUCCCAUGCUGAGGUGUUGGAACAAGAGAUAUUAAAGUUAAGCAAUCAGAUGCUUAAGUAUGAGUUAGAAUGUGAAAGGCUAAAAACACAACUGGAAGAAGAGAGAGGAAAACAGAAGGAGCAGGAGCAAUGCAUCAAGGAGCAACAGUUAAAAAUUGAGAACUUAAACAAUCUUGUCACUAAUUCAGACUUUAAGAAGAACCAGUCAGAGGACUUUAUUAGUUUAAGAAGGACUCAAGUUGGGCGAUGCAAUGUCAAUGAUAGCAGCGGUUUUCCUGGGACUCCUUGCUUCGAAUCAGCUGAACCUUCCUUUGUGGUUGCUCGGUCGAAGUACUCAGGACUAUCUGAUUUUAGUCCAAUGGUUGAUUCACUGGGGGACGUGGCCGAUGAAGACACUUGGACAAAACUAAACAAGGGUUUUGUCCCAGACCUUGAUCAACUCCAGUUUACACCUGCAAUUAAAAGGCAACCCACUCCAUUAAUUGCUGCAACCACGAGACACGUGGAUGCAUAUGGUCUCUUUAUUCGCUCCCCUUUUCAUAUCAGCAUGCACACAAACACUCUGGUGCAUCAAUACUGGCUGGAAUGCUCGCGUGAAAAUCAGAAAGUGGUGGAAGAUCUCAAAAGUCAGAUUGAGUUGCUGACCAGUGAAAAGGACAGCCUGCAGGUAAAAUUCAGCGAACAAGUAGUACUGAACAACAAACUUUUGGGAGAGAUAUCUGAGCUCAAAGAAGGAACGCUUCACAUGAAAGAAAUUCCAAAACUGUUAUCUGAGUCGGUUGCUAAUUGCAAGGAUGUAUACAAGGACGUGAUAGUCACAAUGAAGACCUUAAUGGCUGAGAAAGAAUCUCCGACAGCAAAGCUAUUCUUUGGUGUAACUGGAAUCACAACAAGCCUUCUUUCAACUCUAGAAUCACAAUUCUCAAUGAUAUUGGAUGGUCAGAAAGCGGGUAGCAUCAUAGAUCAUCCUUUAUAUGAUCAAUGGGAAACACUUCGUGUUAGUCUGAAGAACACAGCCUCAAGCCUGCUGUUAGACGCACAAGCAAAAGAUGAAAUUCUUAACUCCCACGACAAGGGACAAGAAGCGGGUGCAAUGGAGGAGAAGCUGAAGUCUGAGCUCAGCAUAGUCAAGGAAAGAUAUAACGAGCUGGAGAAAGAGUUGUCUUUGGAUAAACUGCUUCUAAAAGCUUCAAGAGAGAGCCAUGAGAGGCUGGAAAAGGAAGUACAAUUCCUGAAGGAAGAAAGAGAUUCAUUAGAUGUAGCAGUCUCUCAAUCAACUCAGAGGUUGAGAGUGAUUGCAUCUGAUAAAGAGAAUGCUUUGAAAGAUCUUAAUGUGGAAGUGAAGAGAAGGAAAGAGAUGGAGGAAGAGAUUAAGCAAAUCAGCUUUGCCUUCUCUAGCAGGCAGAAGUCUCUUAUGUCUUUUCACAAUGAAAUCAAAUCCAAAAUGCAGAAACUAACAACGCAGAAUCCGAAAUUGAAGUAGCAGAAACAGCUGUUUGUGUUAAAGUUUAUGCCAUUGUUACAACUAGCUCAUGUGUUAUUUAUGUAACAACUCAUUACUGGUACUCCAAUAUUAUCUAAAACUAAAGUUCGGCUUUGAUAGUA